AUGCGACCAGACAAGCCACGAGAUCCAAUUGCUGGACCUGACGACGGGCCUGAGCCGCCGUUUCCCUUGCGGCUAAAUGGCAAAGUGAUCAAAGGAUUUGGACGAGGCAGCUCGGAGCUCGGGAUACCUACUGCAAACAUCCCUCUCUCCGGCCUGUCCAUCGGCGGCCACGAGGAUGUCGAGUCUGGCGUCUACUUUGGCUGGGCCGGCCUUUCGCCCUCCAAGGCCACCCAUCAGCAUCCGCCCGGCACCGAGAGCAAGUACAAGCACAUGGCUGUGAAGGUGUACGAGACGCUGAAUGCGGUGCUGUUCGGCACGAUCAAAGAGGAAGAGCAGAAGAAUAGCUGGACGAAGGAUCUGGGCGCGGUAUACCCGAUGGUCAUGUCGAUUGGCUGGAAUCCGUUCUACAAGAAUACUGUGCGGAGUGUGGAAGUGCACAUCAUGCAUCACUUCGAGACGGACUUCUACGGCAGCCAUAUGAACUUGGACAUCCUGGGCUUCAUACGGCCUGAGCUGGACUACGUGAGCAAGGAGAGCUUGAUCGAGGAUAUCAAGACGGAUAUUGAUGUGGCAGGGCGGAGUCUGGCUCGGCCAGCAUAUGCCAAGUUCAUCAAAGACCCAUAUCUGCUGGAUUUCAAAGAUAAAGAUGAGGUUGCCAGCUAG